CAUAUCUGCCUCCGAGUAUAAAUAAGGAUUAGAUUGUGGAUUCCUCUAGCAUCUGUGGUAUAAUUGAAAUCCUCAGAGCCUGUGCACAAUGAAGAUUCUUGCUCUCCUAUUCCUUGUAGGCUUUGCCUCAGCAUCAUCUUUCUAUGAUGUCUUGGACGAUGCCGCCGAAGAAAUCUACCACGACUUCAUGGUGGGAAUGGAAGAUGCUCCUUCCUUGAAGGAAUUCCUCGGAGUAGAUGAUGACCAAUUGCUUGCCGACGAAAUUGAUAUCAAGGCCGAUUUGGGUAAAAAAUUGAGGGAAGCUCUUGACCACCUUCUCGAAAAAAUCAAGGAUGCCGUCGAUCACGGCAAGACCGUUAAGGAAGAUCUCCAACUGAAGUUGAAGGACAUCAAGGAAAAAAUGAAGGACCUUCGCGUUGAGGUUGGCGAGAAGGCUAGGGAACUGAUGGACAAGAUCAAGGAGAAGACCAAGGCAUUCUUGAAGAACUUGCUCGAAAAGCUCGGACUCAACGAGAACAAACGAGCUCUCUUAGAAGAUGAAGCCGAAUUGGCCCUUCUUGAAUUCAACAUCAAGGAUCUUUUCAAGAAGUUGAAGGAUGCUCUUCUUUCCAAGAUCGACAAAGAAAAGUUAAAGGAAAAGAUUGAAGAAUACUUCGGAAAAGGUAGCAAAAUGGCCGAUUCCCUGUUGGAAAUCAUCAACGAGAAAGGAGACAAGUACAAGCAGAAGCUGCUGGACCUCAUCGAUCGAUUCCUCGGCCAGAAGGAGAAACGAUCUGUCUCCGACUACUGGGAGAAGAUCAAGGAAUACUUCAAGGACCUCCACAUUGACCUGAAGGAGAAGUACUCCAAAUUCGGAGAAUGGGUAAAGAACGUCAUCACCAAGGGACUCGACAAAUCCAAGAGCAAGAUCGAAAACAUCAAGGAAAUCGCCAGGGAGUUCAUCGAUCAUGCCAAGGGUGUGAGCAAAGAGGUUGCCAUUGAAGCUGAGAACUUUUUGAGACCCUACAAAGAGGACUUGGGAAAACUCUAUGACCAGGUCAGGGAAACCGUCAAAGAAAUCAUCAAGAACAGAGGUUAAAUCUUCCACCGUGCAUAUGUAAAAUUGAUUUAAAAAUAAAUUAUUAGUUUUUUGA